CACUACCUAAAGUCACACAGACCCAGGACAGUGCAGGGAGAAGACACAGCUACAAACGUACAUUAGAGUUGAGGUUAGAAGUAGAAGUUACUGUAUUUGACCACAAGUGUGUUAAGAUGUCAGAGGGAGUCUAUGAAACCUCAGAUGGAUUUGAAGACGAUGAGCCUGAUGCAAUGAAGAACACAGACAUUGAUGGCCAAUUAUAUUCCAAUGUAAGAGCCUUCAAGCCCAGUCCAAGAGAUGGAGUUGUUGCUUCAGAUCCUGAUAGCUCAGUGAAGAGACCCUUCCUAGUUGCUGCAGUGUGCCUUGGGCUGCUGUGUGUUCUCCUACUGGCUGGGAUCAUAGGCCUGUCUGUCUACUAUAACAGAGCCAUCAAAGAUUCUGAGGAUAAAAGGAACAACUUGUCACGGAGUUGUUCCCUUUAUAAGACUAACGCAACUGCAGAGAGAGACCAGCUACAGACCAGAUACAACAACCUGACUAAAGAGAAAGGCCAUAUUCAGGCAAAGCUUUUUGUGAUUGAGCAGCAUUGUCAGGAGGGAUGGAGAUACUUUGACUCCAGUUUGUACUUCCUCUCUACUGAGGAGAAAACCUGGGAGAAGAGCAGACAGGACUGUCAGGGGAGAGGAGCAGACCUGGUGAUCAUAAACAGCAGAGAGGAACAGACAUUUGUCUUCAACCUCCACCUGAGAGCCUGGAUUGGUCUGACUGACUCAGUUACUGAGGGGACCUGGAAGUGGGUGGACGGCACCCCACUGACCACAGGGUUCUGGGGGACAGGACAGCCUGAUGAUUAUGAAGGGCAAGAGGACUGUGUUGAGAUAUUCUAUGAACAAGAUAACCCUGUAAAGACAUGGAAUGAUGACAAAUGUGGCACAAAUCACAACUGGAUCUGUGAGAAAGUGGUGUAACAAUAACCUACUGUAACAAACAGUCUCUCUCGCUCUGUUAUUGUUAUUAUUAUGUUGAUGGUUGAAUACAGUACUGAAUGGUUUAGUGGUGAUUCCCCCUGGUGGUUAAGGUGAGAGAUGAACUCACCAUAGAGGAGAAAAAGUUGUAUUACAGAGUUCCCUAUGAGCUCUUUUUCAAUGAGACCUUACUCGAUUCCUCCUCACAUCCUCUCUCUCUUUGACUCCUUCGCCAAACACAUUGGAGAAUAGAAUCCUAGGGGAGGGACCUUGGACCUUCUCCUCUAAUAGGGUUGAGAUAGAAGGAGAGGAGAUAGGAGAGGAAUCUAGGAAAGACUAUUUGAGAUCGAGCCUUAGUGUCAGAGAGACAUAGAGGAGGAAGAAUAAAUCAAAAGAGAGUGAGGAAGAGAAAAAAAAUAUGAUUGUUUAGAUUUAGAGGAGAAUAUGUAGACAUGUUGUACUCUGUAAAAUGUUUCUUCAUUAUUUUUAUUAGAAACAUGUCAUGUGACUUGCCAUAGGCUUAUGCUUAGUAAAAAAAAGUGUGUCCAAUUAUUAACCCUCAAUCAAUCAAAUGUAUUUAUAAAGCCCUUCUUACAUCAGCUGAUGUCACAAAGUGCUGUACAGAAACCCAGCCUAAAUCCACAAACAGCAAGCAAUGCAGGUGUAGAAGCACGGUGGCUAGGAAAAACUCCCUAGAAAGGCCAAAACCUAGGAAGAAACCUAGAGAGGAACCAGGCUAUGAGGGGUGACCAGUCCUCUUCUGGUUGUGCCGGGUGGAGAUUAUAACAGAACAUGGCCAAGAUGUUCAAAUGUUCAUAGAUGACCAGCAGGGUCAAAUAAUAAUAAUCACAGUGGUUGUAGAGGGUGCAACAGGUCAGCACCUCAGGAGUAAAUGUCAGUUGAUUUUCAUAGCCGAUCAUUCAGAGUAGUAUCUCUACCACUCCUGCUGUCUCUAGAGAGUUGAAAACAGCAGGUCAGGGACAGGUAGCACGUCCGGUGAACAGGUCAGGGUUCCAUAGGCGGAAGGCGGAACAGUUGAAACUGGAGCAGCAGCACGGCCAGGUGGACUGAGGACAGCAAGUAGUCAUCAUGCCAGGUAGUCCUGAGGCAUGGUCCUAGGGCUCAGGUCCUCCAAGAGAGAAAGAAAGAGAGAAAAAGAGAGAAAAUUAGAGAGAGCAUACUUAAUUUCACACAGGACACCGGAUAAGAAAAACAAAUCCAGAUAUAACAGACUGACCCUAGCUCCCCGACACAUAAACUACCGCAGCAUAAAUACUGGAGACUGAGACAUGAGGGGUCAGGAGACACUGUGGCCCCGUCCGACAAUACCCCCGGACAGGGCCACACAGGCAGGAUAUAACCCUGCCUCUCCUUGUUCGGGCGGCGUUCGGCGGUCGACGUCACCGGCCUUCUAGCCAUCGCCAAUCUACUUUUCAUUUUCCAUUUGUUUUGUCUUUGUCUUACACACCUGCUUUCAAUCCCCCAAUUACUUGUUCAUUAUUUAACCCUCUGUUCCCCCAUGUUUGUUUGUGAGUGAUUGUUUAUUUGUAAUAUGGUCUGUUAUUGUGGGCUAGUAUUAUUGUGUUGUAUUUGUGGAUUUACUUGAGUAAAUUACGUUUAUUACUCA